AUGCAUUUCAUCAAACUCAAUAAUCUUCUUGUGAUAGCUUUGGUUUCAACUUCACUACUAUCUUCUUAUGCGUACCCUGGCUUCAACUUUGGUUGGGGUGGAAGAAACCAUGGAAGUAGGGGGGGAAUAUCUUAUGGUCUUUCUCCUCAGUUCUACCAAUUCUCAUGCCCUCAAGCCAAUGACAUUGUCAUGUCAGUGUUGGAGAAAGCCAUGGCUAAAAACAUGAGAAUUGCUGCUUCUCUUCUUAGACUUCACUUCCAUGAUUGCUUUGUCCAGGGCUGUGAUGCUUCGAUUUUGCUGGACGAUAGCCCUGCAAUAGUAAGCGAAAAGAACUCCGGCCCGAACAAGAAUUCCAUCCGAGGUUUUGAAGUGAUCGACGAGAUCAAGGCUAAGUUGGAAGAAGCAUGCCCUCAGACUGUGUCUUGUGCAGACGUUCUUGCUCUUGCAGCAAGAGGCUCCACUAUUCUUAGUGGAGGGCCUAACUGGGAGCUACCAUUAGGAAGGAGAGACUCAAGAACAGCAAGUUUAAUUGGUUCAAACAACAACAUUCCACCACCAAAUGCCACCAUUGAAAAUCUAAUAACAUUUUUCAAGCGUCAAGGCCUUGAUGAAGUUGACCUUGUUGCCCUCUCAGGUGCACAUACAAUUGGGGUGGCAAGGUGUGCAACAUUCAAGCAAAGACUAUACAACCAAAAUGGAAAGAACGAAGCAGAUGUGUCAAUAGAAAGAACAUUCUACUUUGGUCUCAAAACAAUGUGUCCAAGAUCAGGUGGUGACAACAACAUUUCCCCAUUGGACUUUGGUUCUCCCAGGAUGUUUGAUAACACUUACUUCAAGUUCAUUCUUCAAGGAAGAGGCUUACUCAAUUCUGAUCAAGUUCUUCUCUCUGGUGGUGUCAUCAAGACUCAAGAACUUGUCAAGAAAUAUGCUCAAGAUGAGGCUUUCUUCUUCCAACAAUUUGCUAUGUCUAUGAUCAAAUUGGGAAACCUUCGACCCAUUACCGGUUUCAACGGCCAAGUUAGAAAGAAUUGUCGCCGAGUUAAUUAA